GUCCCUGCCAUCUGAAACUAAUACGUCAUGCGCUUAACGCUUUCGCGCCAAAUUUGCUGACUGAAAUGGAUAGAACGAAAACCAGUUAAUAUGCAAUUGUGUUCUGUGAUAUGCUACGGCAUAGUGUUUAGAUAUUGUAUUUACAAAAAACAAAACUAAUUUUUAAUUAAUUAACAAGUAAUUAUAUUUUUAAAGAAACAAUUUUUAAAAAUCAUCAUAAUUCAGUAAUUUUAUGAUAGCUAUUUAAUGUACUGAAUAAAAAAUUGUCAUUAGUAAAAAAUUAACAAAGCAAAGAUUUAAGAAUAUAUUGAGAAAUUAGAAAUUAUGUAUGAAAAUAACAAUUCAAGUAAUGUGUGCAACGAUGAAUCUGAUGUACAGCAUGGAUUUAAAGAAUCUGAACUUGCUAAAGGAUUAGGAAAUUUUGUAGGACAGGAAAGCGAAUGUUCAGAAAUGAAAAAUUACUCUAAUACUAAAGAGGAAAAUGUACUUAAUAAGACUUCAAAAGAAAUAGAUAAUGAGCUUGAUCAGGAAAAUAAUGAACAUAAAAAUGAAACUAAUUGUUCUGAGAACAAUGCCUGUGAUACAUUAAAUGAAUCUGUAAAAGAAAAAGAUUGUGAAUCUGAGCAAAAUGAUGAUAAAGCUAAAAAUCAAAUUGAUAAUAAUUCUGAUAAUGAUACUGACUUAAUUAAUAAAACCAUAAAAGAAAAAGAUAUAUCUAACCAAAAAGAAGACGAACUUAAAAAGAAUAAUAUUCACAACAGAUUAUUCAGAAUAAUAGACAGUGAUUCAGAAGAAGAAAGUUUAUUUACCCCUAAGUUCAAGAAAAAAAGAUUUGUUGAUGAAAAAGAUGAAAUGUCUAAUUCUGAGCUCGAUAAUGUAUCUAUAAAGAAUUUAAAUAAGAGCAGGAUUAUGAAACUUGUUGACAGCGAUUCAGAUGAUACUUCCAGUAUUGUUCAUGCUAGUGAUGCUAAAAACACAAUUUCAAAUGAGAUGGAGGUUGCAAACAGUAUAAGGAGCAAGCUUCAGACUUUAAUAGAUUCAGAAUCAGAUGAGGAAAAAAAAGAAUCAGAUGAAGAAAGAGAAGAAUCAGAUGAGGAACCAAAUUCUAAGACACAGAAUAAAAUGACUAAAAAUAAGAAGAAAAAUUCUAAAUCUAAGGAAAAACUGAGGAAAGUUUCGUUAAGAGCUUCUAAAGAAGAAGCUAUGAAACAAAUACAAAGUGAAACUCAGCGAUUAAUACGCGAGACAGAAAUUUCAUUACCAUAUCAUAAUCCAAAACAAAGAACAAUACAAGAAUUUUUAAAAAGGAGAAAAGUAAUUUCAUCUUUUCCAGUACCUACAAUGGCAUCUAAAUUGAAAGAGUUUUCCAGUAUCGUUGAUGAAAUUUUGAAAAAAAAAGAGAAAGAAGCAGAAAUAUUUUAUAAAUCUUCUGAUUCAGAAGAAGAGAUUAUAGAAAGUAAUACAGAAGAUAUGAACAUUCAAUGUAUCAAAAAUGUUAAAAAAGACAAUGUUUCACGAAAGUUAUUCGAUGAUAAUUUAUUUACUGCAGGAGUUAAUGAAGAACAAAAUAAUAUAAACGUAGUAGAAAAAAAAAAUGGAACUUUAAUUGAAGUUAAAGACAUUGAAUGUAAUGAGACAAUAAUUAAUAAUGGAACAGAAAGUAGUGCAAUUAAUUCAUUAACAAUACAAACACACUGUGAAGCAUCUAGCAACAUAAUGGAUAGGGUUGAAUCAAAAAAUACAGAAAUAGUCAUAGGUGAAAAAUCAGAUGAUUUGUUACAAGAAGCUACAAGUCAAAAUAAGAAUAAAGAAGAAAGCAUAUGCAUUGAUAAUGAUAAAUAUAAUUUAGAAAGUCUAAACGAUAAUGCAAAAACGAUAAAAGAACCUUCAGGAAUAAUUACAAAUGAAUUUGAUGAAGAUGAUGAAUUUGAUUUUCCACCGUUGGAUUAUUUGGAUUCAUUAGAUACUACAAAGAAAAAUGUACAGAAUAUAGAAAGUUUAAAACCUAAAUUGCGAGGUAUUCCAGGUCAAGUUAUUGACUUAACAGAGGAUAUUACAUCAACUAAGAAAGGAAUAGAUGGUUUGAUAGAUCGAUUUGUACGAAAACAUUCUAAAUCCGAUCGAGCUACUAAAAGUGUAUCUAAAGUUACAACAACGCAAAUAAAGGAAACUCGAAAUGGUGGACUAUCAAUCAUUAAAGAAACAUUACCAUACAGAUUACCAUAUAUUGCAAAUAUAGAUCCUAAAUUGGAGAAACCCGGUGCAAAGUUAAUGCGCUUAAAAGAAGAGUUGAAACGUAGAAUGGCAAUAAAACGCAACGAGGAGUGGAAACAGAGAGAACAGGAAAUGAAAGAACAAGAAAUAGAAUGGAACGAAUCCAUAAAUGAAGAAGAUAAUUUUAACGAACCAUAUUCGCCAAAUAUAGAACCUCAGAUAAGCGAAGAAGAUGAAAUAGAAGAGGACGAUGCAUAUUUGAAAGUAGAAAAAAGGAGAAGGAAAAAAAAUGCUUUUAUAGAAGAUGAGGCCGAAGUCAGUGAAGAUGAAAUAAAUGAUAGCGAUGAUAUCGAAGACCAAGACGAAGACGAAGACGGAGACGAAGAUGAAGAUGAAGAUGAAGAUGAAAAUGAAGAUGAACAUGAAGUACAAGAAAAAGAUGAAAAAUCUGAAAAACUCGUUUCAGAAAAUGAAUAUGAGAGUAGUAGUUGUGAUAGCAAUGAUACGUUUAAAAAGUGUAAAACAUUUAAAAGGAUUGUAAAACCUUUAGACGAUGAUUCAAAAUCUUCAGUUAUUGAAAAUGAUAAAAAUAGUAUGGAACAGUCAACAUUUUCUUCUCAGGUUAAGUUAAAUGAUCUAUUUGAUAAAAAUAUAAAAAACAAUGACUUAAACGCUCAUGAAGAAGCUUUAAUUUCUGAAGUACAUGUAGAAUGGCAAAUGAACCAAACACCACAGUCUAAAAGCAAUAAUCUUGAUUUCAUUUCUCCUAUAACACAAUUGACUGCAUUAAAUGUACAGUUGGAAGAAGAAAAAACAUCAACAACACAAGAGGCAUCGUUUGUUGACCCUAUUUUGAGAGAAUUUACAAAAACUCCGGAAUCACUUCAGAUAAAACGAGGUGUAUCCCAAAAGAAGUUAUUUGCUGAUCAAAGUGCUGUAUUGGAUGAGGAACUUGUGGAAAUCUGUUCAGGUAAAUUUCCAGAAGAUAAAAUGCAAUUGAAUUUUGUGAAAGAAUCUAAUGUAACUGAAUCGCAGUUAUUAGAAUUGUGUUCAGGAACAUUUAGUUCUCAACCAAGCAAUAAUAAAGAGUCAGUUAAUAUCACAAGUGGAAUACUUCAAAGCAUACAGCUACCUGAUGAAAAAGACUCUUCAAAUACUGAAAUAGAUAAGAAAGAUAGGCAACAGUCAAAAGACGAAACAACAUUUUGGAACAAGUUACGCGUUUUGUCUUCUGAUGAAGAAGACUCAGUUGAAAAAGAAAUUAAAAACCGACCAAAAAAAAGAGUUAAGAAGUUAAAUUUAUCCGAUGACGAAGAUGAAAAGAGUUCUGCGUUAAGCAGCAACGACGAAGCAGAAGAUGACGAAAAAUUUAUAGAUUAUGACUCAGAGGAGAACGAAGUGAUUGUUCCAAAGAAAGAGAUAAAACAAUAUGCGGCAAAAUUUUUGGAGGAAGAAGCUGAGCUUAGUGAAAGUGAUUGUGAUGUAUCUGCGGACGAAGAUGAAGAAGAUCUGGAUAAAUUGGAAUUAGAAGAUGGAGACAAUGAAGAAAUUGAUGAGACGAAAGUUAAAAAUCAAUUGGGAAAACUUCAUAUGAAACAAAUGUUGGACGAAGAUAAAAGAGAAGUGAGAAUGCUUCAAGAAAUGCUAUUCGAGGAGGGAGAUUUGUUUAGUGAAAGUACACGUGAGAGGAAAUUCAGAUGGAGAAACAUAGAUAAACAAAGUGACAAUAUUGAUGUCCAACCAUUAGAGGAUAAAGAUGGCUGGGUAGACGUAUCUGAUGACGAAGAUGAAGAAAAGUGGCGCAAGAUAAGACUUGAAAGAGAAUCAUUUUUAGCAGAAAAAUUGACAAAUAUAGACACUGAAAUUGAAAACGAGCUAAACAAUAGUCACAUAUUUAAAUUUGGCUUGAAGAUUUUAAAGAAAAGGCGAAUUAACGAAUUGCAAAAAGAAAAUACAUUGGCAGAAACACUCGAUGAUUCCAAAACGGAACCAAAAAUAUCUCACACUGUUGCGGAAAUGUUAAACACUUCAAAAUUGGAUGAAACAUCGCGUACGAUACGUAAUGUCAUGAAAAAACGUUCGUUCCUUGCCAAAGGAGAAGAAGCAUUGAUGCGUUUAGCCACAUUAGCCAGACGGAAGGAAGCACCACUCUCGUCAAUAAAUACAAAAAAUUUUAUAUUUACGCAUAUUGAUAACAAGGAACGACGUCGUUCUCCAGUGGAGAGGACGCCGUUGUACAGCGACGAAGGAGAUAUUACAUUCAUUAGUCAGACAGCGGAGGGGGCGGUGAGCGUUUACACGAGCACGCGCCAGAAUUCCAGUGGAGUGGUGGCAAGUGUGCCCGAUAGUGGGGGCAGGAGGCUGGAGAUCGGUUGUCCAAUAGGAAGCAAAGGGAAAUUCAGCUCCCGGGCGGAGCAUUCGAAUAUACCAGACACUCCGCUCGCGUCCUUCUGUCAAACGGCGCUGAGCCGUCAAGCGAGCAGACAUUCGCUGCCGCGGGCAUUCUUGGCCCCUGGACUGAAUUAUCUGGGCUACUACGGUGACGAGAUUCACCAGCAUUCGUACGGCGCGCCUGCCAGUUGGCACAUUCCUAUGGAGAACCCUUCGAGCUACUCGAGGGCCCCUGAUCAUCUUCAGACUUGGGACCUGUCCAGAUCGUCCACCCCGUGUCCCCUGGACUUGUCUCUGAAACCUCCACCCACGCCGAGUACACCGAAAACCGAGGAUCUCGUCGUAGAUACCAAGAAGGAACAUCAGAGAACGCUGGACGAUGGGCAGAAAGAAUCGGAAAGUACCAGGUACAGAAGGAACAGCGACGAAUCGGGUUCUCUGAUGGUCGAUGAUUUUGACGCACUUCCACGAAGUUCCUCGGUGCACAGUCAUUCCAGCUACGAAGCAUCCGGGCUGAUGUCCAAGAAGGAACCGCUCCAGGAAUCGACGGUCAAAGCUUGCAGCAGCCUGGUGGAAGACCAGGCGACCAAGUUAACUCCGUUUGGCGCAACCUCGAACGAGAUCGCUUCCAAUUAUUACACGCACAAUCAGAAGCUUCUGUUGACCAGCCCUAGCCAGCUUCAGUCGAUGCAAGGCUACCACCAGCAGCUUCUUCUAACCCCGCAGCAUCACCUGCAAGGGAUGCAACACGCUCCGAUGACUCCGCCGAGCACGCCAUCGCCUCCUCAGUGCCCAAGGCGGAAAGUAAGGGACGAAGACUCGAGCCCUGCCUCGACCACCAGCAACAACAACGGCGGCACGUUGUCCAACAGCUCGAGAUCCAACGGUCCCAGCGAGAAGGUUCUCCAGAGACCGAAGAAGAAGCACGCCAGACGAUUGAAAUUCGACGAAGACACCAGCAGCCCGGUGUCGGGCACCGUGAUCUUGGGCCCGGACGAGGCUGUGGUCACCGGAGACAUCGAUCCAGCGUUCAACAUCGUUGAAGUCACCGAGGAGGCGCGUGCAGAGCUGGCUAAAAUCGAAAACAGGCUCGGCCCGUAUCAGUGCAAGCUCUGCAGGCAACUGCACGACGACGCGUUCCAGCUGGCCCAGCACAGGUGCUCCAGGAUAGCCCACGUCGAGUACAGAUGCCCGGAAUGCGACAAGAGAUUCUCGUGCCCGGCGAACCUGGCCUCUCACAGACGCUGGCACAAGCCAAGGUUGGCCAACGGGGAACACUCGUCGUCGUCGUCGUCGUCAUCGUCGUCGUCUUCGUCGUCGUCGUCGUCGUCGUCCACCGGGAGUAUCGAGAUACCGUGCACCAGGUGCGACGCCAAGUUCACCAGGCAAGCAGCGUUGAGGAAACACCUGGCCAGCCAGCAUCCGGAGACCAGCAGCAACAACAACAACAACAACAACAACAACGUGGUGCUAGAGCAGGGAGCUGUUGGUAAGACUGACGUCGUCCCGGUGAUUUCCGAGGGUACGUUGAACUCCGAGAUCGCCUGA